CUCUCUGAGCCUCGGACGUCACACACCAGGAUUUAUCCCAGCUGGCCAUUGUUAUUUGUGUGCUGCUGCUUGUAGUAUGAGAGUCUGAAUUAACAAAAGUUAACCACACGCCAGCUAAUCAAACUUUGAUAAACAUGGACGAACUUAGCCCAGACGAGAUUCGUCGCCGUAGACUAGCAUACCUCGGUUCUGGUUCGGACCCAGCUGCUCCCAACCAGGUGGCAAAUAGAACGCCAUCGCCUGAUGCACUGAACCUCGAAAUUCCCGAAUUCUCUGCUCCAAAUCCCGUCGCCAAGCCAGAUGUCGAAAAGAUGGACGUGGAUGAUUUAACUCUUCCUUCCAGGGGUGCAAGCAUUGAUUCUGGGAAGAGUCAGGGACUGCAAUUAGAGGUCGAUUCUGGAUUUGAAAACAUGGAAGUUGAGGACUCGGAGGUCAAAAUCUCACGAAAAAGAACCACAAGCUCUUCUUCAGGGAAACAAGCUAUGGACGAUGAAACCUUCAUCCAGUCUGUGUGUAGAAAGGUGUUUCGGUCGGAGUGCGAGCAAUCCCCUAGCAACUUGAGCAGUCCAGAUCUGAUCAACCAGUUCUUGGUUAAUGGACUUCUUGAUGCUCCAAACUCUGAUGACAGCCCUGUGUUCAAAUCUGAUGAAGAUUUGACCAUCCCAAGUCCCUCCACGUCUACUCCAGAUGAGGAUGCUGGUGUCAAAAAGGAGUCUUCUAACUCUUCUCGCAUGCUGCGCUAUCUUCUUGAGUCCUACACCAGGGUAGCUUAUGAAGAACGAACACAGCCCAAGAAGUUCAGUUCCCCUCCCAUGUGCGGAGUCCUUGUGGAGAUGCGAGCCCAAAUUGUGCAGUACGCCGCUCUCGUUCUCACCGGCCAGUUUGAAACCGAAGAAAAGCCAUCGUCAACAUGUUCUUCCUUACUUUUGGAGCCCCUCAUUUCACAAAGUCUGCCAAGGGGCUUCCUGCAUGAAAUUGUUUUUCAUUUACAAGCUGUUGACCCAGAGAUGCUGGAUGAGACUUUCAGUCCCAUUCUCCAGGGUCUACAUAGAAUGAUGCAAAAUUCAUCUCUAGAUGGAAAAACUUACUUGCAGCCAGUAUCAGCUUUAUUGGAGCUGGUGGAAAUGAGAAAUGUUGAAGGGGCCAGACCAAUAUGCGGGCUUUUAACUAAACAGGUGCAGUUUUUGCCAGUGUGCAUCACUCCUGGCGUUGGUAGAGAAAUCUCGCGCACUUCCUUCCUGGGACCUUUCAUGUCUGUGUCUGUUUUUGAAGAGGACGACCCAAAAACGGCUGACAAGUAUUUCUCCAGCAGUCGCGCAGCAGAUAAAAGUCUCAUCAAGUCGCUCCAGCAGGAAGUGGAGCAUUUGAGGGCUCAGGUCCACAAAAUUGUGCACACCGUGCUGGUCAAUUCUCCUACGAGAGAAGUGGCACUGAAUUUCUUGGCGCGUGUACUCAAGUUAAAUGAUAAGCGAGCUCAGAUCCACGGAGAGGAAAAACUAACUGCCGGCGAUGGUUUCAUGCUCAAUCUGCUGGCUGUGAUGCAGCUCUUGUCUGUCAAAAUCAAAAUAGACAAGGUUGACCCUAUGUACGUAUUCCAUCCAGACAGCCUUGUUGAUGUGACAAAUGAGACAAGACUGAAGUUUGAUUCGCAAGAGGCGACCGCUUGGUUAGAAGAAUUGAAAAAUUCCAAGGACCACUCGUGGCAGGAACCAAAAUUCAGCACAAGCUGCUGGUUUCUGACUCUUCACUGCCACCACUUAUCGCUUUUGCCUGCUUUCAACAAGCAUAAGCACAGACUACGAGCACUUCGUGAACUGACAAAAAUGGCGGAUGAGAUUCAAGGUAGUGAGGCUCAGUGGAAGGGCACACAAUAUGAAAGCAGGCACCGUGAAGUUCUUAAGAGAUACAAACACCAAAUAAAGAAACUGACCAAAAGAAAAGCCUGCUCAGAGGCUGGUCUAAUGGACGAUGUGCUCUUGCGAAGAGCCAUGGCGUUCUACAUCACGGUUGCCGAAUUCCUAAUGUCAAUCAUUUUGCCACCUGGAUCUUCCUGGAAGUGCAAGUCUAACUUCACUCUUCCUACAAGCGCGCCGAACAUUUUCUAUGCCUUCCCGGAAUGGUAUGUUGAGGACAUAGCUGACUUCAUCCUCUUUGGGCUGCAGUACUGCCCAGGCGUAAUAGUGGAGGGCGUGGACAACAGUCUCAUCACAUGGUUGCUUCUGAUGAUUUGUUGUCCGCAUCUCGCUCGUAGUCCAUACCUAGUAGCCAAACUGAUAGAGGUGCUAUUCGUCAUUUCCUCCGGAUCCCAGUCCAGCCGUGACCCUCUGCACGUCCACUUAAUGGAGCACCCUCUGUACGAAGUCUACCUCCCAUCAUGCCUCAUGAAAUUCUACACAGACGUGGAAUCAACUGGAGCUAACUCCGAGUUCUACGACAAAUUUACAAUCAGAUACCAUAUCAGCCUGAUCCUGAAGGACAUGUGGGAUAGUCCCACUCAUCGUUUAGCUAUUGUUAAAGAAUCUGGUUCAGGGAAGCAGUUUGUCAAGUUUAUUAAUAUGCUGAUGAAUGAUACAACCUUCCUCCUUGAUGAAAGCUUGGAGUCCCUUAAGAGGAUUCAUGAGGUGCAAGAAGCAAUGGACGAUAGGAGCACAUGGGAUCAGCAGACACCCGAGCAGCAACAAUCACGGCAGAGGCAGUUGACGCAAGACGAGCGACAGUGCCGGUCUUAUCUGACACUUGCCAGGGAGACUGUCGACAUGUUCCACUACCUCACCAUGCAGAUCAAGGAGCCCUUCAUGCGGCCUGAGCUAGUUGACCGGCUUGCUGCGAUGCUGAAUUUCAAUCUGCAGCAGCUGUGUGGACCGAAGUGUAAAAACCUGAAGGUGAAGAAUCCUGACAAGUACGGCUGGGAGCCAAGGCGACUCCUGAGCCAACUCGUGGACAUAUAUCUUCAUCUCGACUGUGAAAAGUUUGCAGCUGCUUUGGCUGGCGAUGAACGAUCUUUCAAGAAGGAGCUUUUUGAUGACGCGACCGUCAGACUGGAAAGGGCAAUUAUCAAAUCAAAACCUGAGAUAGAAAAGUUCAAAGAGUUGGCAAAGCGAGCCCAUGAAAUUGCAAUCCAGAACAUCAAGAAAGAGGUCGACUACAGCGAUGCACCAGAGGAAUUCAGAGAUCCGCUAAUGGACACCCUGAUGGACGAUCCUGUCAUUCUGCCGAGCGGCAAAGUGAUGGAUCGCGCCGUGAUUAUUCGCCAUUUGCUCAAUUCCUCGACCGACCCCUUCAACAGACAGCCACUUUCGGAAGACAUGCUGCAGCCAGCGACGGAACUGAAGCAGCGAAUUGAAGAGUGGGUGAAAGAGAAAGACAGCAACCAGCCAGGAAGCACUUGAGCGAAAUCAAAGUUUCAGCUUCAGCGGGACCAGAGGGGAAUUGAUCUUUUUACCAAGCUUUGCAUCAAUCAGACUGUUUAUGGUCCUUAUCAAUAGGAAUCAAGUGCUUCUACUUGCACAAUUAUUUUUAACAAUACAAUUUAACUUGAUUUUGCUGAUAAAAUUUAUAAUUUCAUUUGUUAAGUACUAAUCCACAUCACCGCCAACAUUCUCCCAGCAGCUUUUGUCAAAAUUACUGCAUACAAGUAAAUUCUGAAUCACAAAACCGCAUACACAUCUCUGUUCCUUUUCUUCAUCCAUGUUAAAAGCAGAUCUCAGUUAAAUUAAUCCUUGUGUGCAUUCUUGGUCGAUGAAUGGAUAAAGUGUGAUAAUUUGUAAAAUGACAAGGUCAAUGUGUAAAGUAGCCUGGUCCAUUUCGAAAAUAAAUCUGUCUAACUUGGAAUCGUUAACGUUGUAAUAUUAUACCUAUGUUCGGAUGGUUAAUAUCUCAAUAAGUAAACUUACUUUUAAUGAA